UCUGCUUCAAUGGGUUUAACCAUGAGCCUCUAACCCGUGACGGUCAUGAGGGUGUUCUGCCCCUCUCUGUUCUCCGGUAAACUGAAGCAAGAUAUUUGAGGAGUGAAGUAACACAGAGCUUUUUGAGAAGGCAUCCCAACCAAAGGAGCUGCUCUCUGCAAUCGAAUUAUCCAAUUUGCUUUAUGCCGUGUAAUCGUACAGACGGGAUGCCUCGUGGAGACUUCAACAUUUAUUUUGCCAGCAGCAGGCGGGGAUACGUCAGAGCUGAGGAGGCAGUGGGUAUAGUUCUGCUGGUGGUCAUCCUGGCAGCUCUCCUCAUCAUGGGCUGCUGGUACUUCAAGAAGAGGAGUGGCUACAAAAUAAUCAGGAGCCCUAGAUCAGGGUCACCACAUCAGACAGAAGGCCAGUUCUCAGAGACAGGACCUUCAGCAGAUAACAAGAUGGCUCCAGCGGACUUCGGCAGUUUCCGUUCAGCGGUUCCUAAUGCUCCUCCUGCCUAUGAAAAGAUUUCUUCAGGGCCACUGCCUCCUCCUUAUUCCCCCUAAACGGUCCGAUAGAAGCUGGACAGAUGCCUGAAGAAGAAAUACUGGAGAACAAACUCUUAACUUUAUCUGUCAUCUGAUAGUAUGUAAUCUGAUGUCACUGUCGAUAUGGUUCCUUAUGCUCCGUAGUUUAAUAUACCAAUCGAUGAAACUAUUCUAUCCUUCACAAACACAAUGUACUGUAUAUACUGUAGGUUGCUUCAAUAAACAAUAACAAAAUGA